AUGUCGGAGUCGAUGAACCAGAGCAGUGCCUUCAGUGAACUCGUGGAUCACGAAGAUAAUUACAACGACGAAGUUUCGUCGGACGGUGGAAGUACUGCGUCAUACAGCGAUACGAAACCCGAGCUACAAGAUUUCGAAAGCGACGUGUUCUCUGGCCUGGAGUCGGACGAGGACGACACGGACGACAGAAACCAGAUUAUCUCCGGACGUAUAUGGGGCUAUAUACCACGUAAAGUUGACGUGGAGCAAUUGCAAUACGUGUCACGUGCUGGUAAUUUAACUAGGAGAAGCGAAAAUAUCGAGUCCAUCAAAGAGUCGUUUAACCUUUUUAUCAACAAUGAAAUCAUCGACAUGAUCGUCACGCAUACGAACAGAAAAGCGGAGGAGUCUUACGGUAAACAACCGCAGAAGCAAUGGAAACCAGUAGACCGCAUCGAGAUCAAUGCGUUUCUUGGCCUUUUAUUGAUCAUCGGACGAUUCAGAGAAUCGGACGAAUCUAAGAACUGUUUAUGGACGAAGAACACAGCGUUCUCUAGGCAGGUGUACGCGGCGGUGAUGUCGUGCGAUAGAUUUAAGGACAUUUUGAAAUACAUACGAUUCGACGAUAGGACCACGAGGCCGGAAAGGAAAAUUAACGACAAAUUAGCGGCGCUCAGGGACGUGACGAACAUAUUCGCGGUGAAUUGCAGGGAAUCUUACGACGCGACGAACGCGGGCACGGUGGACGAGCAAUUGGUCACUUUUCGUGGUUUGUGCCCGUUCAAGGUUUACAUGCCCGACAAACCUGGCAAAUACGGAAUAAAGUUAUGGACGCUUUGCGACGCGCAGACGUUUUAUUGUUGUAACUUCGACGUGCACCUGGGGAGGUUAAGAAACAUCGCCGAGAACGACCAAGGUCAACUAGUGGUUAGACGACUCACCGAUUUUUGGAAUCAGUCCGGACGAACCGUCACGACAGACAAUUCCUUCACGGAUAUCGGUCUGGCCGAGGAUCUGUUGCAAAAUAAAAUUUUCCUCGUUGGCACGGUGCGUAAAGACAAAAGGGAUCUACCGAAGUCGAUGGUUCACACGUACUCGAGGCAACGGUUUUCGUGCGACUGUCUCUACACGACUAACCUCACCCUCGUGUCGUACAUUCCGAAACCUCGAAAGUGUAUCGUGCUGCUGUCGAGCUCGUGCCAUCAUCACGAGCAUAGCGUGUCCGGGCCGGAAGACAACUACAAACCGGAAAUAAUCUCGUAUUAUAACUCGACGAAAAAUGGUGUAAAUACGUUCAAUGCGUUGUUGAGAGAGUACUCGUGCCGGAGAGCCACCAGACGCUGGCCGUUGUCGCUUUUUUUGAAUUACGUCGACAUGGCUGCUUACAACGCGUUCGUCGUGUGGGUUACGAAGAAUCCCGCGUGGGAGAGCCACGUGUCCAUGAAAAAACGGAGGGAGAUGUUUCUCGAGAAACUGGGGAACGAACUGUACGCGCGGAACAUCGAGAGGCGCGCCACCGAUUUCGAGAAUCGUAAUAUCAUAGUUCCUAGGCACGUCGUGAACGCGAUCGAGAGCACGGGCAGAAAACUGAAAAGGAAAGAGAUGACGUUAGACUACCGGAAACGUUCGAGGUGUUACAUAUGCGUCGGGAACGAUAACAAAUACAGCACUAGAUGCGAUGCGUGUUUGCAAUUUAUUUGUAGUGCUCACUCGAACAUUGAAAAGAAUGCCACGUGCGUGCAGUGUACAUUAUUCGAAUAA